AUGGAAAUCACCGAUCAAACCACUGAACAUGUGUCCAGCUCCAGAGAUGGCCAUCACUGGGUGGAGAAACUGUUCCCCCCUCGUUUCUCUUUCCAAAACUUGCUUGAUAACCAGACAAAUGAACAAUGCACCAGCUCAACAAAAUCACCAUCCACCCACUCUACAAACACUGAUGAACCCAAGAUGAGCCACAGAAGGCAGAUCUACUUGAGAGCUCUGAAAGAGGUUCAGCACACCGAGCGACUGUUAAAGAAGGAGGCCCUAGCAAAGAGAAUUAUUAGCCAUGAGCAGCCUGUAAAUGGAGCAAACUCUGAAAAACCUUCUGACCAGAGUGAGACUGCGGGACAGAUGUGCAUUUGGAACGAGGGGGACAUCAGCAAACUACGGGCUGGGUUCGCAGAAGUGGAGAAGGACAGAUGGAGACUAAGGCAACAGCUCAGUUGUACAGAGGAGCAGCUUAAGGUAGAACAUAAGCAAAAGAUGAAGCUGCAAGGCCUGGUGGAGAAGCUUGAGGAGCAGUUAAGCCUUUCCAAAAAAAUGGCUUCACGUCAGGCCCUUGUGAUAAAUGAUUUGAAGUCUGAGAGCCAAAAAAUGAAUGCUCAGUUACAUAAGUUGACUAUAGAGGUCAGGGAAAAGGAAGUAGAGGCAGACAUGUGGAGGACAACUCUGAGAAAAGCGAAAGAGGACAUGCAGCAGAUCACACAGGAGCGCUCCAACCUCAUGUGGGAACUGGAAAGAGUGCAAGCGCAAUGGAAGUCUGAAGGAGACAGGCUGGAAAAAGCAGCUCAGAUAGAAAAUGAGGCUGUGCUCUUGAAGCUUCAGAGGGAGGUGGAGCAGACCCGCACUGACAUCCAUGCUGAGAGAGAGAGUCACGCACGGACCCGCACGGCCCUCGAGCUCCUACGCAGACACUUCAGCUGCCAAUAA